CCAAAAUGGGGAGAUUGAGCGGCUAACUGCUCAAACUACCAGACUGCUGGGACCCUUUCAAGGGCAAGAGUGGGCAGUUAUUUAUUAAAAAAAAAAAAACCCUAUUAUAAUACCAGCUUGCUUAUUCCCUUUAUAAAAACCCCUCUUGUUUCUCUCAGUUUCUCAGGCCUAAAUGGCAAUUCCAUUAUUCCAUUUUGUACUGAUCUUGCCUUUCCUGGCUUCCACCUCCAUUUUCUCCUCACCAGUUCAAGAUCCCGAGCAAGUAGUACAACAAGUCAAUCAGAGCAUCAGGAAUGCCACUAUUGCUAGGAGAAACCUGGGAUUUCUCUCAUGUGGAACCGGCAACCCCAUUGAUGACUGCUGGCGGUGCGACCCUUAUUGGGAAAAGAACCGUCAGAGGCUAGCUGAUUGUGCCAUUGGGUUCGGCAAGCAUGCCAUUGGUGGCAGGGAUGGGAAAAUAUAUGUGGUGAGCGACCCAAGUGACCGUGACCCUGUCAACCCCAAACCUGGCACUCUUAGGCAUGCUGUUAUCCAAGAUGAACCUUUAUGGAUCAUUUUUGCUCGUGACAUGGUGAUCAAACUGAAGGAAGAAUUGCUCAUGAACUCAUUCAAGACCAUCGACGGCCGAGGCGCCAACGUUCACAUUGCCGGCGGGCCAUGCAUUACUGUACAGUACGUGACCAACGUUAUAAUUCAUGGGAUUAACAUUCAUGAUUGCAAGAGAGGAGGGAAUGCUUAUGUGAGGGACUCCCCUAGCCAUUACGGUUGGAGGACUACAUCGGACGGUGAUGGGGUGUCUAUAUUUGGAGGCAGCCACGUUUGGGUGGACCAUUGCUCUUUGUCUAAUUGCAAUGAUGGUCUGAUUGAUGCCAUUCAUGGUUCCACAGCCAUCACCAUUUCUAACAGUUACAUGACCCAUCAUAACAAGGUCAUGCUGUUGGGCCACAGCGACUCUUACAAACAGGACAAGAACAUGCAAGUCACCAUUGCCUUCAACCACUUUGGAGAAGGGCUUGUGCAAAGAAUGCCUAGAUGCAGGCAAGGAUAUUUUCACGUGGUGAACAAUGACUACACGCAUUGGGAAAUGUAUGCAAUCGGCGGCAGUGCUGAUCCCACAAUCAACAGUCAGGGCAAUAGAUUUCUUGCACCAGAUAACGUAAACAACAAAGAGGUGACUAAACAUGAGGAUGCGCCGCAAAGCCAAUGGAAGCACUGGAAUUGGAGGUCGGAAGGGGAUUUGAUGUUGAAUGGAGCAUUCUUCACCCCGUCUGGCACCGGAGCCUCUUCUAGUUAUGCCAAGGCAUCGAGCUUGGGUGCGAGACCGUCGUCACUGGUGAGCUCACUCACAGCAGGAGCUGGUGCACUCGUUUGCAAGAAGGCGUCGCGCUGCUAGCUAAGCUAGCUAGCUAGGCAAAGUAAUAAAAAAAGAAAAGAUAAAAAUUGAAACAUGAAAGAUGGAAGCAACAAAUAAGGCCAAAUUGUAAUUAAAAGAAUCAGGAUUCAUGUUUCUGUUUAUUGGUAAUUUUUGUAAUUUUGAAUUGGAUAAUGUAUACAACUAUAAGAUUUU